UUGUCGACGCCGGGGGGCGCCGGCGGGGGUGAGGUGCGGCCGGGUGUACGGGAGGAGGGGCAGGAGGGGGAGGAGGAGGGGGGGCGGUCGACAAACAUCUACAGCUUUUAUUGCGAUGAUCGCGUAUUGAUUCCACUCAUAAGCGGCUGUCGCAAGAUAAUUUCAUCUGCGGGCGACCGGCGACCGGCUUCGACAUUUAUUAGUUUAUUCAGAGCGAUUUUCUUUGUUGCGAGACGCAAAUUUAAUCUUUUGCUGAUCGGAACGGGGGAGGAGGAGGAGGAGGGAGGAGGGAGGAGGGAGGAGGGGAGGGAAGUUGAAGGAGAACAGAACAAUAGAUCAUACAGAGGAGAGAAAUGA